GCUUAACUUCUGGGUUUUUUUUUUACUCCAAUCUUGCCUUGUUUUGGUUUAAAAUAAACGCUAUAUUUUGGUGUAGAAAGCAACAAAAUAUGUUGCGUUGUUGUUAAAUGUCUUUAUAGAUAGUUUUUGGACGUUUGGUUCAGGGUUAGAGUUGUUUUUUGUCUCAGAAGAAGCCCACAAUUAGCUCACCUUGGCUCGGCUGCUGAAUUUAACCACCUGGACUUUAAGGUGCCGUAAGAAAAUAUUCGUUAACUUAAGAUAUUCAAUCAUACUUUCAUGAGCUCGUAACACGAUGCUAGCCGACUCAGUUUCCGGCCGCUUCCCGGGGGACAGUGAUGUUUAGACUGCCUGGUCUUUUCAGAGCAGUUCGCAGGACGGUCUGCUGCGCCGCCGGCGACAUGGCGAAGGGCAAGUUCUUCUACGCAGUAAAGAAAGGCUUCAAACCCGGAGUCUACAGUUCAUGGGAUGAAUGUAAGAGUCAGGUGGACAAAUUUCCAGCCGCCUCUUUCAAGAAGUUUGCAUCAGAGCGAGACGCCUGGGUGUUCGUCAGAGGAGCUCAGCUUUCUGCUGGUCCACAGGUGAAGAAAGUGACUGAGACCGUGGAGUCGGACGUGUCUCUUCUUCCUAAACGAGGCCCGGAGCCUCUGGAAUACAUUCCCCUCGGCAAGAAGAGAUGUCACUCUGAAAUCGAUCCGAUGAAGUUCCUUCCCAAACGAGUCAAAACAUCGGAAAGCUCGACGUCAGAAAGCACAGACAAAUUCACGUACAUGGGUGACGCUGUGGUCGUUUACACCGACGGCUGCUGCAUAGGCAACGGACAGAAGGGAGCCCGAGCCGGCAUCGGCGUCUACUGGGGCCCCAACCACCCGCUAAACGUUGCAGAGCGGCUCCACGGGAGACAAACCAACCAACGAGCAGAGCUACAGGCAGCCUGCAAAGCCCUGGAACAGGCCCAAGAGAAGAACAUCAAGAAGCUCGUCCUCUACACAGACAGCAAGUUCACCAUCAACGGUGUGACCAGCUGGGUGAAGAACUGGAAGCUGAACGGAUGGAGGCUGAAGUCCGGAGGUCCCAUCGUGAACAAGAACGACUUUGUGAAGCUGGACAAACUGAACUCUCAGCUGGAGGUGGUCUGGCUCCAUAUUCCAGGACACGCCGGCUACACAGGCAACGAGGAGGCCGACCGCCUCUCGAGAGAAGGAGCUGCCAAACCUCUACAGCAGCAGCCUGACCAUGAAGAUCAUUAAGAAGAAGAAGAAGAAGAGCGCUACGACUGAAGACACGAGCUGCUGCUGCAGGACUCUUUGUUUUAUGCUGUUCUGGGGUCGACUACGUUGACUCUGUCUCAAGUGCAAUAUGUUGAUAAACUGAAGCUUUUUCUUUUCUUUUGUAAAAAAAAAAAGAAUUAUGUCCCCGCUCUGAAUAAAGUUGUAAGUUUCUCCUGGUGAAAAUCAGA